UCAGACCUUUUAAGAAAACACUGCAAAGAAUUAAGUAACCUUUGUUCACUCGAGAGCAUUUGGAGUACCCCUAUUUGGCGCGCGCUGCAUCUUGUUUCUGCAGUAGUUGUUUCGCUCAUGACCCCCACGAGAGGACAGAAGUGUUUAUCUUUGUUUGAUUUGUUUUGGAGGUUUCACAUCUCCUCUAAGGUCUGGUUGGAUAUUUUUUUAUUUUCCACUUUUUGAAAAAGAGGACUUCAGUACAUUUUUAGUCAAGCAACACCAAGUCUGGACUUGCUUUAGCAGUUUAAACAUCAGCCUUAUUGUGCCUCGUCAGUUAUUUAAAGUAGAAUGUCAUCUUUAGCGGGAACAGCACCACGAAUGAUGCGACCGGCUCCUGGACAAAACUAUCCCCGCUCUGGAUUCCCACUGGAAGUUUCAACUCCUCUGGGUCAAGGUCGGGUGAAUCAGCUUGGCGGAGUAUUCAUCAAUGGCAGACCUUUGCCAAAUCAUAUCCGCCACAAAAUAGUUGAGAUGGCUCACCACGGCAUCCGUCCAUGCGUGAUCUCCCGACAACUUCGUGUUUCCCACGGUUGUGUGUCCAAAAUCCUUUGCCGCUAUCAAGAAACUGGUUCGAUCCGUCCUGGAGCAAUUGGAGGAAGUAAACCCAGACAGGUGGCAACGCCUGACGUGGAAAAGCGAAUCGAAGAAUACAAGCGCGAAAAUCCUGGUAUGUUCAGUUGGGAGAUUCGGGACAAACUUUUGAAGGACGGUGUGUGUGACAGAAGCACAGUUCCCUCAGGUGAGGCCUCAUCUGUAAGUUCUAUUAGCCGGGUUCUCCGCGCGCGGUUCGGCAAGAAAGACGACGAGGAAGAUUGUGACAAAAAAGAUGAAAGUGGGGAAAAAAAAACUAAGCACAGCAUUGACGGAAUACUGGGAGACAAAGGUCGAAUUGAUGAUGGCUCCGACGUGGAGUCUGAACCGGACCUGCCCCUGAAAAGAAAGCAGAGGCGCAGUCGAACCACCUUCACAGCUGAGCAGCUAGAGGAGCUGGAAAAGGCCUUCGAGAGGACACACUACCCAGAUAUCUACACAAGAGAAGAGCUAGCCCAGAGAACUAAGCUCACUGAGGCUAGAGUACAGGUUUGGUUCAGCAACCGACGAGCAAGGUGGCGUAAACAAGCUGGAGCUAAUCAACUGGCUGCAUUUAACCACCUGUUACCUGGUGGUUUUCCACCCACAGGGAUGCCCACUCUACCAACAUAUCAGCUUCCUGAGUCCACCUACCCAUCAACAACAUUACAGCAAGAUGGCAGUGGCACAGUUCACCGACCACAGCCCUUGCCCCCUUCUACAAUGCAUCAGGGCGGGCUCUCCAGUGACAGCAGCUCGGCCUACGGGCUCUCAUCCAAUCGCCACAGUUUCUCCAACUACACUGACACCUUCAUGAGCCAGUCAGCAUCCAGCAAUCACAUAAAUCCUGUGAGCAAUGGGCUCUCCCCACAGGUGAUGAGCAUCCUAAGCAACCCCAGUGCCAUGGCCCCUCAACCCCAGCAUGAGUUCUCCAUCUCCCCCCUGCACAGCAGCCUGGAGGCCUCCAAUCCCAUCUCAGCCAGCUGCAGCCAGCGCUCUGAGCCUAUCAAAACCGCCGACAGCCUCACAUCCUCCCAGUCCUACUGCCCUCCCACGUACAGCACCACCAGCUACAGUGUGGACCCUGUCACUGCAGGCUACCAAUACAGUCAAUAUGGCCAGACUGCAGUGGAUUACCUGGCCAAGAAUGUGAGCUUGUCCACACAGAGAAGGAUGAAGCUGGGAGAACACUCGGCUGUGCUCGGACUGCUGCAGGUGGAGACGGGACAGGCAUAUUGAUGGAGCUGAACAUCCACCCUUUUGUUUCACCAGCAUCCCUUCAUCCUAUUGCAGUGCCCACAUGUGGCCGAUCUGCUGAGAGUGUACACGACCAAGAAAAAUCACAGGCAGUCUUAGACUCUUUACCUAUGGUAACGUGAAUACAAAAGCCAUUCCACAAAAAACGGACACUGUUGUGCCACAUCUCCUUACUCGUCCAGAUCCUUUCUCUCUUUCACAACAAAGAGACCUUUUCAGAGCUUCAUAAAGCCGAGGGAACAUGAGGAUUAAUUGUCUGAGCACAAAUCACUAAAACUCUGCCCAUUGGUCUCCAAUGAUACCAUACAUAGGCAAAAUUUGUAGCCACUUUACCAUUCCAUUCUAUUUGGACCAUGUUGUUUAUAGAACUGAAAAUGAUGGUAUUAUAAUUAUAUUUGUUAUUAUAAAUGUGGUUGUUCCUAUUGCUGUUGCAUUUACUAUUGUAAUUACUCUUUGUUUACAUGUUGCUUUUUUAUUUUUUUCUCAUGUUUAGUUAAUGUUUCUAUCUUAACCACAAGGCCUUGCUUUGUAAUAUAAAAUUUCUGUGGAGACACAUGGAGUGACACUGAUAACUUUGCAGGCUGUUUGCAAAGUGCAUGUGGUUUGCUCAUGUUAGUGGUAAGCCUGACAUUCUAAAAGAUCUGGGAUAGUUAGUGGGGCUUCUGGAUUGGUGGAACUUUGGGAGAAUGGCUAAUGAUGUCUCAGAUCUCAGCCAUUAUCCUCACCUUGUGCUGAUGUUUAGGCCACUUAAGUAAUUUCAACAAUUUAGAAUAACAUGUCAUAGAUGAGUCAGGGCAGCCUGCAACCUGCCCUAUUCAAUCAAGGGUGAAUUAUCAGUGUUAUUUUUAAUAAUUUUCUCUUAAAAAAUAUAUGCUAUCCUAUAAUGAUGACCAAAUCAUUAGACCAAAUCAUAAAAAUGUCAAAUAUGAACAAAACAGCAUGAAUGCACAAAGAUUGUUCUCUGUGGUAAUUAGUAUUACCAUUAAUCUCUCUAAUGAAAUUAAAUUCUCUUGACAAUAAGGGUAGAUGACAACAUUUAAUUAAAUGUAACUUAUGCUUCUCUGCUAUUCAUGGCAAUUGUUGUCAAUUAAUUGAAAUGCAAUGACAUACCAAAAAACAAUCAAUUAUCAACCAUUGAAAAGCAAUCUGCAAACACACAUUUCAAAAGUUAUGUAGAUUUUGUUGUUCAAUGGUAGCACUUCUAAUUGAUUGAUGAGUAUCUUUUGUCUGUAUAGUCAAUGUAAAAUAACAAAGUGAAUUGAACUGUGGAAUGGAAAUCAAAUGUUUUUAGAACAAACCAUUCUUUGAGAGAAAAGGAAUCAUGGAAAUAUUUGAAGUCUUAAUUCAUUAUUACAUUUAAAUCCAUUGUGUUUUGAGGAAAAGAAGCAACACAGCCAUUUUUGAAUGUCAGACCUUCAAAAUAUAUAGGUAUUCCAAGAAUUAUAAUUGAGAGAUGGAGAGAAUAAAUUAUCACAUUUAUAGCUUUUUGUGUUUACAUUUUGUUUGCAACCAUGGCUACUUUUCCCCACCUUCUUAACCUUGGUGUCCAAGAUGAAAUGUCACUGGAGAUGCCCUAAGUUGCCAUUCAUUCAGGACAAAUACCGAAAAAGAAACAAAUUACCAUGUGCCAACUUAAGACUGAGGACAUUUCCAUUUUAUCACUUAAAAUAUUUUGUAGUACAAUGUAAAUAAAAAAGACAAAAAAGAAAUGUGAAUAAUUAUCUUUUUAGUGUGUAGCACUCAUUUCUAAUGCAAGCAUUAAUCUACCUUUGGGAUAUUUAUAGCACUAUCGGACUGGGUGAUACACCUUUCCAAAAUAUCUUUCCAACCUCAGUUGCUCUUUUUUUUUUUUUUUUGCAUAUGUAAAUUCCUUUUCAUACAUUUCUGUUCAGCAUGUGUGUAUAUUACCAUGGCAUAAUUUAUUCAGCUGUAUUAAAUAUUAGCAUAGUGGGAACUUGUAUUGGCAUUUACUACCUUCAGCCUGUUAGUGUCUUUUAUGUAGCACUGGCAUAUCUGUUAUGGAUUAAAGCUCAAA